UUUUCGAAUUUCUCUCACAAAUUUUCAUUUCCCUGCCUGCCUGAACAGUCUCUCUCUCUAUCUCUCUUCCCAAAAGGCCAAAACCCUACGUUAUAAAAAAUUGGGAUUGCUCCUCCUCUUCCACUUGGCGCAAAAUCUUGGUUGUCGCGAAGAACAAGAACGAGAUUCUCAAUUCAAUAACGAAACCCUAAUUUCUUCGAAGAAAAGCUCAUCGUCGAUACAGCGAUCGAUUCCAUUACCUUUUCCAACUAUGGCUGGAAGGGUUAUUAUUAACUUGAUUGUGGUGGGCUCUGGCAUGUUAGCAAAGGCUUUUGUUCAGGCAUACCGUCAAGCACUUGCAAACGCCUCAAAAACCGGUGUUGCCCAAGAAACAUUAAACAACACAGUCCGCAAAGCAAGCAAAGCGAUGACAGAGCAAGAAGCUAGGCAGAUUCUUGGGGUCUCUGAUCAAACUGCUUGGGAGGAGAUUUUGAAGAAAUAUGAUGCUUUGUUUGAGAGGAAUGCGAAGAAUGGGAGCUUUUAUCUUCAGUCGAAGGUUCACAGAGCCAAGGAAUGUUUAGAGGCUUUCUAUAGAGACAAAGGUCAGGGUAACCCUAGUUGAAAACUCAGCGAAGGUCUCUUUGCAUGUAGUGUACCUUGCUCCCUUGAUUUUGUUUUUAAUAUUCUGGUAGUCUUGGAACUCUACCGUGGUCACUCUUGACGGAAUUGUAUAAAUCAUAAAAAUGAAUCACUUUGCAAAUCUGAUGGACAAGCUGUCUCUGGAUCAGGAUGAUUAAUGUCUAAGUGACAAGAUUGGACGUGUUCUCUUCGUCUCAAAA